AUGAUUAAGUUUUUAAAAUUUUCAUUAUUGUUAAUUUUAAUAACAUUAUCAUUUCAUAUAAAUAAUGUAGUAUGUAUGUAUUGUUCACCAAUUGAGAUGGAUUGUUCUAAAAGUAAACCAUGCAAUUUUAAUCAAAAAUCAAUAUGGCCAACAAAUAAAGUUCCUACCAAUGAAACUUGUGAUUUAUUAAAAUUUUCAGGUGAAAAUAGUUAUUAUGUAAUAGAUAAAAACAUAAAUAUACCAAAUAUAGAUUUAUUAAAUGGUGUAACAGUUCAUUUUAAAAUUUCAAAUGAUAAUUCAACACAAUCAUUAGAUCAAUUAAAUAUCCAAAAUUUAAAAGUUAAUGGUGCAAAUUUAAUAAUUGAAUUAAAUAACUAUAAUAAUAAUAAAAAUAAUAAUAAUAAUAAUAAUGAUAAUUCAAAAAUUGGUUUAAUUAAACAAUUACAAUGUGAAAUUGAUAAUAGUACAAUUAAUAUUAUAAAUAGUGAAAUAAAAUUUCAAAUCAUUGAUUUAAAUACAGAAGCAAUAACAGUUAAUGUAGAGAAUUCAAAAUUACAACUUAUUGGUAGUGGAAAUGAAAGUGAUGAAAAAUUCAGAUUUGAACCACGUUUAACAUUAAAAUCAACAAUUAUGGAUAUCGAAUUUAUGAGUAUAAUAAAUGAUCCAACUUGUUAUUUCUCAAAUGGUAUAAAAUCAUAUUCUCAUGAUUCAAGUGUAUCAAUUAAAGGUAAUUGUGUAUUACAUAAAGAAUCUGAAUUUGUUGAUUUAUCAAUAUCAGGUGUUGGUUUCACAAUAGCAGAAUCUUCAAAUGUUAUUGUAAAUGGUAAAUUCAAUAGUGAUCCAGAAGAUGGUGCUUUUAAAAUUGAAUCAAAAUCAUCAAUUAGAUUUCAAGCACCAAUUGAUAAUAAAGAUGAAGAGAAUGAUAGUGAUGAUGAUGAUAGUUCAACAUUUAUUUUAAAUAAAAAUUUAAAAGUUGGGAAUAUUAAACUUUUAAAUUCAGAAAAUUCACAAAUUAUAAUUGGUAGUGAUAAAGAAGUUGAUAAUUUCGAAUUUAUAAAUGUUGAAAUUUCAAAUAUUAUCGGUGGUAAAAUUCAAUUGGAAAAUUCAGUUAGAGAAAAGAUUACAUUAUCAAAUUUGGAAAAUACAAUUAUUCAAACUGAUAUUGGUAAUCAAAUUAUAAUUAAAAACUCAAUUAUUACAUCAAUCACUGAUAGAGGUAGUAAUGGUAACUCAAGUGAUAGUUCCACAUCGUUAACGUUUAGAAAUGAAAAUUCAAUAGUAAAAGGCAUUGAUAUAAGUAAAUCCUUGGUUUAUAUUGAUAGUGAAUCAACGGUUACCUUUAUGAAUGAUUCAAUGGUUAGAAUUAAUGAUCAACAUUCAAAAAUGGAUAUUCGGGGUGAUCUUAUAUUUAAAUCGAAUUCGUCAUUAUUAAUGGACCGAAAUAAGAAUGCGAGAUUAACUCUAUUCAAUGGGGCAAUGAUAACAUUGGAUAAUUCCACUAUACAAUGUUAUAAUUUAACAUUGAAUGGCGGUGUUUUGUCAGUGGUUGGCGGGGCACAAUCGACAUUGGACCUUUCUGAUAGUUUAUUGUUGAAUGGAAACGCAACAUUAUUAAUCUCAAAUAUUAAUUCUGAUCUACUUUUAAAUAAAUUAGUGGUUAAAGGUGAUCUAAAGAUUUAUUCAAAACAAAGUUUAAUUAGAUUCGAUAGAUUGGGUAGAAUUUCACCACAUCUUUUAAUUGAUGGUGAUUGUUUAUUCAAUGGUGAUUUAGAGAUUUAUUUCAAUCCAAAUAUUGAAUAUCAUAGUGAAUAUCAUAUACUCAAAUGUGAAAGUGGUCGUUAUUCAAAUCAAUUCAUUUCAACAAAGAUUUUCUUAAAUAAUAGUUUAAUUAGUUCAUCAUCUUAUCAAAUUGAACAAACCGAUGCAAUCUAUUUAAUCACUGAAGAAAUUGAAGAAGAUGAAGUUGAAAAAACUUUAAAUGGUUGGACAUUAUUCACUGUAAUUUGUAUUACAGCUUUUGCUGUUUUAAUAAUAUCUUUUUAUCUUUUCUAUAAAAAGAAAUUUAGAAAACAAAAUAAUCAUUAUUUACCAGUUGAAUUAACUGAAAUUGAUAAUAAUAAUAAUAAUUAA